AUGGCUGAAGCUGCACUUAAAGGUGUGCUUGGAAAGUUGAGCUCUUUCAUUGAAAAAGAGGUAGGACUACUUCUGUUUUUUGAUCAAGACAUGAAAAGGCUUGCCAGCUUACUCACUGCUGUCAAGGCUACGCUUGAAGAUGCGGAGGAGAAACAAUUCUCAGACAGAUCUAUAAAGGAUUGGCUGCAGAAGCUGAUACAUGUAGCUCAUGACCUUGAUGACAUCUUGGACGAGUAUGCCUAUGAAGAAUUGCGGGUGGAAUAUGAAGGAGUCAACUGUUGUCCAUUAGUAAUGGUACAUAGCUCUUGCUUAUCCUCUUUUCAUCCUAUCCAUGUUUAUUCCUGUUACAAGAUUGCUAAGAAAAUGAAAAGCAUAAGCGGGAGAUUAGAUGAAAUUGCUAAAGAAAGGAAGAACUUUCAUUUGAAUGAGACCCCUCGAGAGAAAAUAAGUGAAUUUGAGUGGCGCCAAACCGGCUCUUUCAUCACUGAACCGCGGGAUCAUGGAAGAGAUAAAGAUACAAAAACAAUUCUAGACUCUUUGAUUGGUGAUGCUGAUGCUUCUCACUGUGAAGAUUUGUCAGUUUAUCCAAUUGUAGGUAUAGGCGGACUUGGAAAAACAACACUUGCGCAACUAAUCUUCAAUCAUGAGAAGGUAGUCAACCACUUUGAAGAAAGAAUUUGGGUAUGCGUGUCCGAAGAUUUCAGUUUGAGGAGAAUGACAAAAGCUAUCAUUGAAGCAGCUGGUCAUGACUGUAAAUAUUUAGAUUUAGAACCAUUACAAAGAAGACUUCGAGAUCUGCUUCAAAGAAAAAGGUUUUUGCUUGUUUUGGAUGAUGUGUGGGACGAUGACCAAGAGCAUUGGCAGAGGUUGAAAUCUGUACUGACUUGUGGGGCAAAGGGUGCUUCCGUCCUGGUUACUACUCGUCUUCCAAAGGUUGCAUUAAUCAUGGGAACAAUGCCUCCUCAUGAACUAUCAGUGUUAUCUGAAAAUUAUUGUUGGGAAUUGUUUAAAACCCGAGCGUUUGGACCAAAUGAGGUAGAACAGGAAGAGCUUGUGGUUAUAGGAAAGGAUAUAGUAAAGAAAUGUGGUGGAGUCCCUCUUGCAGCAACAGCACUGGGAGGUCUUUUACGCUUUAAAAGAGAGGUAAAAGAGUGGGUCUUUGUUAAGGAGAGCAACAUGUGGAAUUUAACACACGAUGACAACUCUGUAAUGUCAGCCCUGAGGUUAAGUUACUUGAACUUACCAAUAAAGUUCAGACAAUGUUUUGCUUACUGUGCAAUAUUUCCCAAAGGUGAAAGAAUACGGAAGAAAUAUUUAAUAGAACUUUGGAUAGCUAAUGGAUUUAUUUCAUCCAAUGAAGUACUAGAUGCUGAAGACGUUGGUGAUAGUGUAUGGAAUGAAUUAUAUCUGAGAUCAUUUUUUCAAGAUAUUGAGAUAGAUGAAUUUAACAAAAUUACGAGUUUCAAGAUGCAUGAUCUUGUUCAUGAUCUUGCACAAUUUGUUGCACAAGAUAUUUGUUGCAUUACAAAUGACCAUGACGUAACUACUUUGCCCGAAAGAAUCCACCAUCUCUCAGAUCACAGAUGGAAGUGGAAUUCAUCCGCGGAAACCAUUAAUCCAGUUCUGUUGCAUAAAGUCAAGUCUCUAAGGACCUAUAGAGAAAGCUCUAAUACUGGAAAACUUUGUCCUUCUGAAUUGAAAUGUUGUUCUUUGCGGGUACUUCACAUGGCAAAACUUGGGAAAGAACUGUCAACUUCAAUUGGUCAUUUAAAACAGCUAAGGUACUUGAACCUUUCUAAAGGUGACUUCAAAACUCUCCCAGAAUCACUAUGUACAUUAUGGAAUUUGCAGAUAUUGAAAUUAGACUAUUGUAUAUAUCUGGAAAAGUUGCCUAUCAGUUUGGUACAUUUGAAAGGUCUACAACAACUGUCUUUCAAAUGUUGUGGGUCACUGUCAAGCUUGCCUCCUCAGAUUGGAAAGUUGAAUUGUCUAAGAAUUUUAAGCUCGUUCUUUGUUGGAAAGGAAAGAGGAUUCCAUUUGGAAGAACUGGGACAACUGAAGCUUAAAGGAUCUCUCUGUAUCAAACAUUUGGCAAAAGUAAAAAGUGUAGAGGAUGCCAAAGAUGCCAACAUGUCAAGUAAGCAGCUGAAGGAGUUAUGGUUGUCAUGGGACAGAAAUGAAGAGUUGGAAUUACAAGAAAAUGUUGAGGAGAUUCUUGAACUGCUUCAGCCUGAUACCCAACAGCUUCAGAAGUUGAGCGUAGAAGGAUAUAAUGGUGCCCGUUUCCCCCAAUGGAUCUCUAGUCUUUAUCUCAAAUUUGUAACUUUCAUAAAGCUAAAGGACUGCGAAAGAUGUUCACAACUUCCAGCUUUGGGGAAACUACCUUCUCUAAAGACUCUACACAUAGACAACAUGAUUAAUGUAAAAUAUGUAUACGAGGAGUGUUACAAUGGUGGAGUAGUUUUCCAGGCUCUACAACAUCUGACACUCUUGAAUCUGCCAAAUCUAAUAACAUUAUCAAGGGAGGAUGGGGAAAACAUGUUCCCGCGGGUUUCCAUACUUGAAAUUGGAUCAUGUCCUAAAUUCUUGGCAGAGGAAGUAUUACUGCAAGGAUUUCAGUCUCUCAGGAAAUUAGAUAUUAGAGGGUGUGAUAAGUUCAAUGUGUCAGCAGGUUUCCAAUUCCUAAUGUGUCUUCAGGAUUUGACUAUUGGCGGAUGCAGAGAGGUGGAGGGCUUACAUGAGGCUUUACAGCGUAUGAUUAUCCUGAAGAAGUUAAUGUUAGAGAAUCUUCCAAAUCUAGAAUCCUUGCCUGACUGUUUUGGAAACCUCCCCUUACUAGACAGUUUAUAUAUUUUUAACUGUCCAAAGUUAAGGUGUCUUCCAGCAAGUCUAAGCAUUAGCCGUCUAGAAAGGUUGUGGAUCUGGGGUUGCCCUCCUGAGUUUGCAACUAGAUAUGAGAGGGAAACAGGAGAGGACUGGCCAAAAAUAGCUCACAUUCCCCAUGUUGAGUUCCGUGUUUUGAUUGGUGUAAUGACUGUGCAGAAAUCUGGCUACAUUGAGAUCGGUAAUUACAGGUUUCCCGCAAGCUGGUUGUUUGGAGAUUCUGGUGUUUCUGCCUCUUACUCGGGCUCACAAUGA